AUGGAGAGCAGUGCAGGAGGCCAACUACUGAAGAAUUUUAUGGCGCUUCAACCUCUUGAAUUCUAUGGAGGUAUAGAUGUCUUAGUAGUGAAAAAUUGGAUGUUGUUUGUAGAGAAGCACUUUCGGACCAUGGGGUGUAGCGAUGCACAACGGGUGCAAUUUUCCACCUUUUUUUUUAGAGGGGAUGCUGAAAGAUGGUGGGAGACCCCUCGUCAGAGGUUCAUAGGUAGGGAACCCUCUUGGGUCGAAUUUCAAGAAGCAUUUAAUGGGCAAUUUUUCCCUGACUGGAUUCGAGAGCAGAAGACAUACAAAUUUAUUGAGCUAGUGCAAGGAAGUAAGUCAGUGGCUCAGUAUGAGACUGAGUUCAUUUCCUUAGCCAGAUUUUCUCUAGAAUUGGUGUCGACUGAAGUGAAGAAAGCUGCAAAAUUCCAGAGGGGUCUACGAGCUGACAUUCAACAUGCAUUAGCUGGAACAAGGAUUUUGGAUUACUCGACUGUGGUACAGAGAGCUUACGCCAUUGAACGAGAUAAGAUUAAACUAGGAAAUGGACAAGGGACGCAUAAAGGAACGGGCAAUAAGAAGAAAAAGUGGGAAGCACGUCCAUCAAGUGGGAUGGUAAAAGUUAUGCCAUGUGGUAAUUGUGGAAAAAGACAUAAGGAACCCUAUCGCUUCAGUAGUGGAUUUUGCUAUUUGUGCGGACAGGCAGGGCACAUGCAAAGAGAAUGUCCUCGUAGUCAGGAUAAGGCAAUGGCUAACAUAGAAGUGAAGUGCUUUCGAUGCGGAAAGAAAGGUCACCUAGCAAAUAAUUGUUCACAAUUGGCCCAACCUCAGUACGAAGGACAAAGAUUUAGAAGACAAGGACCCCAGCUUAACCAGAGACCAGUAGCACCUAGGGCACAAGGAGUAAUCCCACAGAUGAUGAUGCCACAGCGCCCUAUUGCUGCAGAUAAACCCUGUAUGCAAGGAAAGGUAUUCGCCCUGAUAGCAACAGAUGCAGAGCAAGGGAACGAGAUAAUUCAAGGUAUUCUCUCUUUAUAUAGUGUAGAUGUGCGUGUGCUUUUUGAUACCGGCUCUGCGCAUUCUUUUAUUGCAUCUCAUGUGAUAUGUCAUGUUCCCAUCCCUAGAACUAUUUUACCAUAUUACUUGGUUGUGUCUACACCUAGGGAUGUGGUGUUAGUAGGAAGUAAGAUACUUUAG